GUAAUUAGAGUGACAGGUUUUAUGAAAGGACUUUACACAGAUUUUGAAUUGAAAUCAGAUAACGUUAAGGAUAAAGAUGCCAAAAUCAGCUUCCUUCAGAAAGCAAUUGAUGCUGUUGUAAUGGUAACAGGAGAGCCACUGUCAGUAAAACCAGCGCGUGUUGUGGCUGGACAUGAACCUGAAAAAACCAAUGAAUUUCUUCAAGCAAUUGGGAAGUGUUGCUUAAAUAAACUGUCCAGUGAUGUUGCUGUAAAAAGGAUCUUGUCUGGGGAAAGAGCUGAUGCUAAAGGGAAACCUCCAUCCUCUAAAUCUCGAGAUAAAGAAAGCAGAGAAUCCAAAACAGAAGAACGAAAAAGCCAUAGAGAUAAAGAGGGUAGAAGAGACACUGAAAUUAAAGACAGAAGCUCAAGCAGAGACAGAAAACCCAAAGGAGAUUUGAAAGAGAGUGAAGAAAGAGAAAAGCAAAGUGAUAAACACAAGGAUAAUGAAGACAGGCACAAAGACCCUGAAAGAGACACCUUUAAGGAAGGAGAAAAACAAGAAAGGGAAAGAAACAAAAGCAGAACAACCGAGCAAGGAAGAGAAACAGAAAAAAACAAGGGAAAAGGAGACAUAGAACGAGAAGAUGAUCUUAGGCUUAAUAAAGGACAGGAAAGAGAGAAAAAAAAUGAAGGAGGAAGAGAAAAGGACAGACUGAAAGGAAGAGACAAAGAUAAGGCUAGGGACAGAGAACGAGAGAAAGACAGAGAUAGAGGAAAAGAUCAGGAAAGGGAUAGACAAAGGGACAGAGAAGAAGAAGGGGAGCAUUUAAGAGAACAUGGAACGGAUAAAGCAGAGAAGAAGUCUGGAGAUUCUGAGGAAUCCAUGCUUAGAAAAAUGGAGAGGCCCACUAAAGACAGCAAGUGCCAGCCAGAUAAUGAGAGUGAAAGUCCUGCAGGAAUAUCAAGGCAGCCUUCAACAAAAGGAUCAAGGCAACGCGCCAGACCCGGAGGAGAAGGAACUGUGGAAAUGAAGAGCAUGGCAGAUAGGAUUUCAGAGGACAAUGUUGCUAAAGUGCAAGAGCAAGCUGAACCAGGACUUGCAGUAAAACAGAAAGAAGGAGAAGCAGAGAACAUGGCUCCUGAAAAGCCUGCAGUAUCUGAAAAUGGAGAAGUACCUAAUGAUCUUCCACCUCAGCCCAUCCAAAGACGCAUUCCUCGUCCUAGCAGUGCAAGACCAGCACCGCCCCGAGUAAAACGUCAAGAAAGCACAGAGGUCUUACUUCCGGAAAGGAGUGGUAGUGGUAAAACAGUCUCAAAUGUGAUCAUAGACCAGCAGAUUCCUGAUGAUGAUGAUGACCAGUUCGUGGUGGAGGCAUCACUGCCACUGCCAGAAAUGCCAGAGAUGGAAAUGGAGCCAGAAGUGGAGCUGGUUGAGGAUGAAAACCAUGGUGGGCUUGUAAAAAGAAUCCUAGAAACAAAGAAAGAUUAUGAGGCAUCACAGAAAUCAUCAAAGACAACAGAGAGGGAGAAGCCCUUUGUAUCAGAAGCAGCUAGGAAGAAAGAGAGAGACUUGGUAGCCAAAGAAAUUGAGAAGUUUCAGGUCUCUAUUCAGACUCUGUGCCGGAGUGCCCUUACACUUGGCAGGAUCAUGGAUUACAUUCAAGAAGACAUGGAUGCCAUGAAGAACGAGUUGCAGAUGUGGCGGCACGAGAACAAACAGCAUGCAGAAGCUCUACAGAAAGAGCAAAG